UUGAUCAUGGCACAUUGUCAACUGUAUAUUUUGGCAUUUGUUUUGGUUACUGUGAUGUGGACAGUUCACCCGGUUGAAGGAUAUUUUCCAGAGCUUCUGGGAUUUUUUCUUCACUGUUCCAACGAUGAAAUAGGUUCGUUUUGUGCGGAAUGUGAAAGAGCCUGUGGACAACGGGAAACCAUUGACUGUGUGAAGACUUGCCGCUUUGGAUGCAUUUGCAAAACGGGCAGGAUUCGGAAGUUCGGUAUCUGUAUUCCAAUUGCCCAAUGUGACGAGAGGACUCCUUUAACCAAUGAGUACACAUCAACAGGUUUCCAGGGGGUUCGACAGCCAGCAAACACGCAAAGUUCGUGUCGACUUAGCCCCAAAGACCCUGCCGGAAAUGCAGGUCAAGAGGGGGGCGUGGCAGGGGGCCGUGACAGCUGGCCGCCGCCCUGCAGGAGAAACACUUUCGGGAAGUGUAGUGGCAGCUAAUCAUCGUGAUCGUGCAUCAAAAGGCAACCUAAUUUGCCACAUGCCGCGGAUCUGUCGUCGACCCUGCCAUCCAAUAUUCUCGCCUUUGUUUGCAGUGGCACUUUAGCGACGCAAUUGACGUCCCGUCUGCACUACACCCUUGCCGGCAUAAAAAACAAUAUAAAUAUUAAUGCUAUUUGCGUAACAAUUCAAUUCGGUCGAGAGGGUUCGGCACGGGGGAUUCAGGACUCGGGAUUCCGUAUUCGGGAAACACUUGGCCGCUUCACAUGAACACUCCAUUCAGACACCAGGCCAACGGGGUGUUGCAUAUUAAUCACAGACACUGGCCGAGGUAGGAAUGCCUUAUGUAUCAGCCGCCAUAAAUUCACAUGACAAGGCACUGAGAAAAAUAUUGGGUAUAUUUUGGA